CAUGGCCGCCGCACAAAAGCAGAUUUUUUCUCCGUUUUUUUUUUUGUUCCUUGUAUAAACAAAUUAUUAAUACCCUUAGGUCCAGAUAUUUUCUCCUAUCUUCUUCUUCUGCUGCUGCUGUUCCUAUCUAUCUAUCCUAUCUAUGUAUCUCUAUAAAGUAAUAUUGGCAUAGCAUGCAUGAUCAAUAAUCAAUUCAAGCCCAUUACUCUAUCAAUAAGAAGCAGAAUGAGAAGAGUUGUUUCCUAGCUAAUUUACUAAUACAUAUUAAUUAUAUAUAUAUAUAUAUAUAUUUCCCAUUAGAUUAUAUUAUGAAUAUGAUUAUGGGUACUGCAGCUGCUGUGGGAUUAUCGCCUCAUCAUCAUCAUCAUCAUCGUCAUAGCAGAUUACUAAUGAUAGCAGAAGCAUUCGAUCAACAAAUACCACAACUGUCGAUGCUACCGAAUAUUUUUACUAAGAAGAAAAGCAGCGGUGGAGGAGGAGGAGCAGGAAGAGGACUCAAAUUCAAAAGCAAGCUAACUAGGUUUAAUGGGUGCAUCCACACGGGAUUGAGAAGGCUCCUAAAAGCCCCUCCUUGUGCUAAUGCUGCUACUCCUCUCACUACCACUACACAAGAAGAUGCUUCUUCUUCUCCUACUCCUAUUGAUCAGAGAAUAAUACCCUCCUCCAAGUCCCGCAAAGGGCCCCUUGCAAACUAUGUACCGCUCUUCGUUAUGCUUCAGUUGGGAGUGGUUAGCGGAGAGAAUGAAUUCGUGGAGGCGGACAAGCAGAGGCUGGAGAAGCAAGUGGAGAUGCUGAAGCAGGCGGGAGUGGACGGGGUGAUGGUGGACGUGUGGUGGGGGAUCGUUGAGGCGGAAGCUCCUAGGCACUACGACUGGUGUGCUUACAGGAACUUGUUCCACCUGCUCCAAAAGAAAGGCCUCAGGAUACAAGCAAUUAUGUCAUUCCACCAGUGCGGCGGCAACAUUGGGGACGCAGUCUACAUUCCCAUCCCGCGCUGGGUAAAGGUUCAUCCAGAUCCACAUAUUUUCUACACCGACAGGUCCGGGAACACAAACCCCGAAUACCUCUCCCUUGGCGUCGACAACCUGCCUCUCUUCCACGGCCGGACACCUCUUCAGAUGUACAGCGACUACAUGCAAAGCUUCAGGGAGAAGAUGGCAGAUUUUUUGGAGGACGGGACAAUCAUAGACAUUCAAGUCGGGUUAGGUCCAGCAGGGGAGCUCCGCUACCCAUCCUACCCAGAAACACAGGGAUGGAUAUUCCCAGGAAUUGGAGAAUUCCAGUGCUUUGACAAGUACUUGAGAGAAGACUUGAAGAUGACGGCGGUGGCUGCAGGGCAUCCUGAAUGGGGGGAGCUGCCGGACGAUGCAGGAACGUACAACGACACGCCUGAAAAAACCGGCUUCUUCAGGGCGACAUACCAGACAGAAAAGGGUAGGUUCUUCCUGGAAUGGUAUUCAAGCAAGUUGAUAGAGCAUGGGGACCAGGUGCUUGAGUUAGCCAACAAUGCAUUCACAGGAUGCAGAGUCAGGUUAUCUGCUAAAGUAUCGGGGAUCCACUGGUGGUACAAUGAUGAGAGCCAUGCUGGCGAGUUAACAGCAGGAUACUACAACCUGAGCAGCAAGAACAAGAGUAGGGACGGAUACCGCCCCAUUGCCAGGAUGUUAUCCCGACAUUUUGCUACUCUAAACUUCACUUGUCUCGAGAUGAGAAACACCGACCAGCCGGCCCAGGCUAAAUCUGCACCCGAGCAACUUGUGCAACAGGUUUUGAGUGGGGCGUGGACAGAAAAGAUCGGCGUGGCAGGUGAGAACGCACUCCCAAGUUACAGUCGGGCAGCCUAUAACCAAAUGCUGCUGAAUGUGAGGCCCAUAGGGGUGGUGCUGGACAAGGACAAUGGCAAGGAUGGCAUUACUGCUAGUAGUAGUAGUCAUUAUCAUCAUCAUCAUCAGAUGGAUGGCGUGACGUACCUUCGGCUGUCCCAUGACUUGCUCAAGCCCCAUAAUUACAGAAUCUUCAGGCUAUUUGUCAAGAAAAUGCACGCCGAUCUGGAUUACUGUCGGGAAGUGACAGAUUACGAGCCAUUGCAGAGGUCCAAGUCUAAGAUUCCAAUGGAUGAGCUAUUGCUGGAAGCAACAAAGCCCAUCCAGCCAUUCCCAUGGAACCCCGAAUUGGAAACGGACAUGAGCCUUGGAAAUGGAGACCUCCUGGAUACCCUCGUUCAAAUCAUACCUUUUCUUUCUAUGUUGCUACCUAGCUAGCUAAUUAUCAUCAACUUGCUGCUGCUGCUGCGGCUGUGGCUGAUAAUGAUACAUACAUACAUACAUAAUCAUAUCAUAUGUCUAUUGCAGGCAGCAGCUUUCAAGGCAGUGACCAUACAUUUAAAAAUGAAUUAAUAAUAUACAGACACGAAGGUAUUCAUUCA